AUGACUAAUAAAACAAAUAUUUAUCAUAAGCCUACAAGUGAAGAAAUAAAUGAAAUAAUCAAUAAAGUUGGAUACAAUUAUGGUGUUAAAACAAUCUCAAAUAAGGACCAACUAGAAUGUGAAAUAAUUGAAUUUGCUCUUGGAAUAUGUAAAAUCUGUGAUCAGAAAGAAUACUCACCUUUUUUACUAAUUAAUUGCAUGAAAUUAUUGAGUGUUUACAUUUUAAAACAUCCUAAUGCAGUUAUAAAAUUUAAUAUAGGAAACCGAAAAGAAUUUGCUAAGUUGUGGAAUGCAUUAGAUGGCAAAAUAAAACAAUUAAAAAAAAAAGGCAUUGUAUCACAACAUUAUGAUCAUUUGAUGAAUGAAGAAUUAAAGAAAAUUUUUCAGCAUGAUGCAGUCUCCAACACCACAUUACAAGGUAUCCAGUUUAUGAAAAACUUCCAAAAGAAUGAUCAAGGUGGAAUUGAUGGAAAUUCAAAUGCUCUUGUGAUUUCUGUGCCUCCUGAUCCUAAAGGCUGCCAAGAACUGAUUUAUGAUUUUAAAUUAUAUUUUCCUAAAAGACUAUCUUCUUUAAAGUAUACUUCUUUAUACUUACAAAUUAAUAAAAAAGCAAAAGGUGUUCUGAUGGUUACAACUAUAGCAUUAACUGGGCAUAAAAGUGAAUCAUCAUACUGUAUAUAUGCCCAUCUAUCUGAUAAACAAAAAGAGGAUGCACUUUCACUGUUAAUUAAUAAUGUUAAAAAGUUACCUUCAAGUAAUUUGGAAAUUCCAAAUAAUCUUGAAACCUUAAAUGAUUCAGAGGCCUCAAAUAAUUCUGAAACCUCAAAUAAUUCAGAAGUUUCAAGUGAGUUAAGUGCAGAACAAAGUUCAAGUUGUCCUUCUGCUUAUCUUACAUUUUCAAAUAUCUUAUUAUCCAAGUUAUCUGUUUUUAAACCAUUUCACUCCCCUUUACAAAAUUCAUUAAAAGUAAAUUUACUAUUACAUUCGAAUGCAUCUAAAAAAAAUCCUACACUUGGUGGUCAACAAGUUCUUCAUAGAGUUUCUGAGAUAGAUAAUUCUGAAGCACAAGAAAUGACUAAAAAAACUAUGAUAAUCAGAAAUUACUACAUAACUGUUAAACAUGUUAUGAUUAACUAG